AUGAUGCUUUCUUUCCGUUUACAAUUUGGCCUAAAUUUUACUUGCAUUGACCUGUGUACAGACAGGACUGUAACGCAGGUACCUGGCUACAUCUGCGACAAAUUUAAUGGGGGGAACCAUCCUACGAAGGUUACGCUUUUGAAGAAGACGCUUAGCAUCAUGAGUGACAUGCGGUUAUUUAUAUACCGUAAUGAGGUUGGCUCUGAGGGAAAGGUGAUGAACCUUAAAAGUAAGGAAAGUAUUGCGAAACUUAAAAAAGUUGCAAGCAAGAAGCUUGGUGUGCGUGCAAAGCGACUAUUUCUAGCUAGUGGCGCUGAGAUCUCGGACGUUGAUGAGCUUCAGAACAACGAUACACUCUAUGUCUCGCAAGGCGAGGCUUUUUACAAAUCACUUGGUCCUGUAAAUGGACAAGAGACGCUCCACAUGUCGGUGUUGGGCUCUGGUGGUGUAGGCAAAAGUGCAUUGACGCUACGCUUUGUAAGAGAUUAUUUUGUCAAAGAUUGGGAUCCUACAAUUGAAGAUGCGUACAGAAAAGCAAUCACAGUGGACGAUGGAUUAUGUAUGCUCGAAAUACUAGACACUGCAGGACAAGAUGAUUUUGAGUCAUUACGAGGGCAAUGGAUGAUGGACAAGGAUGGGUAUGUUUUUGUAUAUAGUAUGGACUCGCGCAUUUCGCUUCAUGAAUUACAACCAUUUUUUGAUCUCCACCUUCAAAUUAACGAAAGUCGUCGUCCAUUACCACCAAUUAUACUCGUGGCUAACAAGAAGGAUGUGGUAGAGAAUGAUCCGACCAAGUGUCAAGUAAGCACAGAGGAAGGUCGACAAAUAGCACAGUCAUACAACGCGCGGUACAUUGAAACAAGUGCAUUGACAGGAGCAAAUGUGACAGCGGUUUUUGAGAUGUUUGUACGCGAAGCGAUAGACAUUUACACAGAAAUUUUAUGCUACCAUGUCAACAUCUCAUCGCCGAGUAGGCGAUGCAUGUGGACUGAAUCGAUUGGGACAAAGCUUGUAAAUGUUCCAGUGGGGACAAAUCUGGGGGAUUUAUUAAAUGCCGCAUCCGAAAAGCCCUCGGUUUUUUAUGAAAAAGGAAGUUUACUCGGCUUUGAAGAUGAAAAUCUGCAGUUGGAUCAUCCUGUGACGGCAGCCGAUGCAAGAAGAUGGACGGCCGAUGAACCACUCCGAUUGAAAUUCAAGAGAGACAAUUCAUGUUCAAUCGUCUUCUUGUUGGUGCCGCCAAUAUUUGUUUUUACAAUGUGGACAAAAGAUUACGGACAUUCAGGCUUAUCACCAAGUACAUUAAUGGACACAGUGAUGUCGUUGGAGGGCGGUCAUCACCAAUUCUGA